GUUGGUCGCCAUCCAUCGCCUCUCCUCUCCCCCUCCUCCUCCUCCUCUCCUCCUCCUCCUCCUGUACCAUAACAGAUGGUGGGAACAACAUUGCAUCCACCGGGUACCACGACAAUAGAGCGCAGCUUCCAGUCCCGACCACGCUGGCCUUGCACCAUCAUGCUCUUCGUGCAGGACCACGCGAGGCUGUGAGUGCCGUCGUGAUUCAUUUCACGCGGUACCACCACCACCACCACCACGGCCACGGAGGAACCUUCCUGCGACUGUUCGGGCUCUCCGUCGAGCGGGGAAGAUGGCCGCGAUGAAAAUACUGACGGGCACCGGGCUUUUCCUGGCGUUCUGUGCGCUCGGGCUGCUCGCCAUGGCGAUCUGCACCGAUUACUGGUACGAAACCGACGCGAGGAGGCACCGGGAGAGGUGUAAAAACUAUGCCAACAAGCGAAACGACCCCGGCUACAUCUACAUCUCAAACCAGAACCUCCCCCUCCAGAUGCCUCCAAAGAGGCUGGAGAUGAAAGGUAACGGCCCAGAUGCUCGCGCUCUCAUCCGGGGGAAGCGGCACUUCAUGGCCGCCGCGUCGCCCAUGGAGUCCCACUGCAGCCGGCAGUUUAACUCCACCAUCUCCGGGCUGUGGAGGAAGUGUCACCGGGAGGGAUUCGACCUGGAGACGGAGGACCUGAUCUACAAAGGAAUAAUUCAAAGAUGCACCGCAGUCAAGUAUCACUACUCUUCGUCCAUCCUACCACGAAAUCUACCCAUCAACAUCACCAAGACCAUACGGCAGGAUGAGUGGCAUGCACUCCAUCUAAGAAGGAUGACGGCCGGCUUUGUGGGCAUGGCCGUGUCCAUCAUCCUCUUUGGCUGGAUCAUCGGAGUGCUGGGAUGCUGCCAGCAGCAUGACCUCAUGCAAUAUGUAGCUGGCCUACUCUUUCUCAUGGGAGGAACAUGCUGCAUCAUCUCCUUGUGCACGUGCGUGGCAGGAAUCAACUUUGAGUUGUCCCGCUACCCCCGCUACAUGUACGGCCUCCCCGAGGACAUUAGCCAUGGCUAUGGCUGGUCCAUGUUCUGUGCCUGGGGAGGCCUCGGUCUCACCUUGUUGGCUGGCUUCCUCUGCACCUUGGCCCCCUCCCUGAGCACGCCCACUCGCACAACGACCCACAAGCCGAGGCAGGAGAACGGAACCGUGUGACAGGGGGCGUCCGUGAAGCGACCGACCCCACCGAGCGCACAGACAGCACCCUUCCAACCUUGAUGUUUAACUCUGCAACAGUUUUUGUCUGAUCACCAUCCCACACCAUCCUCGACAUCGCCAUUUCCCCUCAGUGUUCAGUGUGCCUGAGUUGUGACAGAAGGAGCAAAGUAACGACAAACUUCACACACCUAAUCUCAAAAGAAUCCCAGAGGCACCUCCAGGAACACGAAGACUAACACCUAUGGUAACUUACGUCCGGGGCUCGGCUCUCAUAGCACAAAUGAGACAUUUUUGGGUUGAGAUGUUCGACGCGUCGACGUCUGUGGCGAUUUAAAGGUGACUUUUUUUUUCUGAAGAGGAUUUGUCUUAAAAUGGUGCUCUCUUAAAAUACACAAAGCCACAUACACUCCCACGCAACACGUAUACAACACACACACACACACACACACACACACACACACACACACACACACGCACGCACGCACCAGAACAUGCUUUUCCACACAUUCUCUGGAUGAAUCAUGGGGAAAAUCCGUCAAAAGGAAAGCCAAAAAAAAAAAGAAAAGACACACACACAAACAUCAGGCCAGAGCAUCUUGUCAGCAUCCCUCUUUCAGUCGAGUGAUGUGAGCUGUGUUAUCGUUCGUAAUGAAAAAAAAAAAAGAAAAAUACUGCUGUUGACUGCCCAUUGCUUAUCUUUAGUGUGGCACACUAACUGAUAUCCAACAUGAGCCCGGGGGGCAACGUCUCGAGCCUCUGCAGAGCACAAAAUGGAUUAAGCAGCGUGGUCAGUAAGAUAAACUACACUUAAGAAACAUCUGCAUUGAAAAGAAAAUAGUUGGAUGCUUCUUUAAAGAUUCUAUAUGUACAAAGCAUCUCUAUGUAGAUCCAGAUCAUUGUUUGUGUAAAUUAGAUUUUGAAUAACAAAGUUAGCGUUCUGUUUGUGGAGAGGUGAUGAGGCCUGACAGUAAGGAGAGCAGUAGGAGUUACAGGGUGCUGCCAGCAGCACGAACGCAUUAUUGGAUUCAGCAACGUGAAGGUGUUUUGCGGAUGCUACUCGGUUGUUUGCUGACAAGAGCAAAACAUGAAACCAAACUGCGGAGGGAGCGUCUGAUUCCUCCAUUGUUUACCCUCAAUAUUGGUCCGGCUUUUUGUGUAAUACAAGGGGGAACAAAAUGCAACUUCGGUGAUAAAAACAAAAGCACAAGCUGCAUUCCAAACCAUUAUCUGCACCAAGUACAAUAACAUAGUGACAUCACAUAUUAGUGCAGGGCCCAAGUGUCAUCCUGUUAUGCUAAAGUCUGACUAAGUAACUGAGACAAUGUGACAAGCAGAAUAUAUAAAAUCAUAUAUGUGAUGGACAUUAUUGUUCCCUCAAUGCAAUGAGGGAGCAAACAAAUGGAUGGAAUAAACACACGAUUGAUGUUUUUAACUUUAAGAUUGAUGACGGCAUUCCAAAUUUGUUUUUCCAAAACACUUGUCUUGAGCAGUAAAAUACAUAUUCAUUGUGUAAUAAUUUACACUGUGGUAAAAUGUAUAUUAUAAAGUAUGCAUACUAUUCUGAAUUAAUGGUUGCGUUACAAAUAAAGAAAAGCACAUAGAUAGUAAUUUGGAAAGGACUGCAGUGAUGCUCUGUGGCCACGUUACAUUUUAUUUUUGAGGUGCACACAUUGAAAAUUGAAAAAAUGAAGUAUAAUCACAAGUAUUCAUAAUAAAAAGUUUUAAAGUGUUGUGUUAAUGAACAACAUUUAAGACAAUCAAAAUUGGAAAUGCCAUUUCAAAUUUAACAGUUGGAUUUUAGUGUAUGUGGUACAUACUUUGAAUUGUGUGUUGUACGUACAAUUCAGUUGAAUGCGCCAGUUUUUUUGUACUAACUUGAAUACGUAGAAUGUGGGAUGGAGCCACGGGAAAGGUUUAAAAAAAAAAGGAGUGUAGCAGAUAGGACUACAGUUUAUUCAGUGAAAAAUGUAUAAACGAUCCUCUCUGUGACACUGGCUGGUGAUAAUAACUCCAAGCAGCCCGUUUUCUCUUACUGUACCCCCUCUCCCUCCUUCGUAGUCAUUAGCAAUCAUUCAUAUUAAAAUGUUCAAGGUCACUUCAUAAAACAAGAAUAUUACAGCCAUGUGUGAUGACGUUUUUAUAAAUUGCUGGGGGAGUCAUGAGAUGUUCUAUCAGCCAUGUCAAUUAACUUUCUUAGAAAAAAAGGUGUUAUAAUGUGUGUUGACGACACUGUGCGUGAUGUUCAGUCCUUUCACCAUCACCAUGGACCUCCUCAAGAGGCUACCACUUUCCAGAAGUUGAGGAACUUUACUGAGGCAUGUGUGAAAACUGUAACUUCAGUGUCUUUUUGAAUCUUUGCACUUUGCUGGGUCUCAUAAAAGUCCGCAAACUUGAAGUCCUGGCGGGUGGAGUUCUACAUUAUAUGUUUGCAAGGUCGAAUGUGGGCGCAGAGGAUGAUUAGAGCAUGUAAUAAGCACUCUGUUGUGUCUUUUACAAACAGUGUAGGGUCAGUCGGUCUAAGCUCUUAUUGUGAAAAUAUUUAUGCCAGAACCAGAAGGACAGACCAUAAAUAUGAAAAUGUCAUUACACUAACAACUGAGUCAGUAAAUUCCCUGACGUCCUCACAGAAUGCGAUGCUGUUUGGUGUUUUGGUUUUAUAAAGUUAUAAGUUAACACCCCAACUAAUGUGCAGUAAUAUAAGUAUUACUGUACACAGUAAACCGUAAUAUAUAAGUACAUGGUGCAAUUAUAAUGUGUUGUUAGGAAUGAAGCACAAUUGCGCACAAAGUUUGUUUGUGUUAGAGUUGGAAAUUUAAAUUUUCCAGUACGGAUGUGCCACCACUGCACAUGUGCAGGACUUUGUCAAAAAGUAUUACAAGCAAAAAUUGAAAUGAAAGCAUAUAUUUACGCCCCGUAUCUCUAAUAAUACAUUUAAAAAAAGUAACAUUAACAAACUAACAAUGUCUGUAUUUUAAAACAAAGCGUUUGUCUUUGGAUCGGAUUAACUUUAGACACAGAAGAACAGUAGCACACAGUAGCAGGACUGACAAAACAUUAACAAGUGUGUGCUUUAGGGAACAAACGGGGUCAACACAGUGUAACAAUGUAUUUGAAAUUGUUGUAAAAUCCCUCCAAAGUGGCAACUUCCUGAAGAACUUAGUGUACUUGUACAGAUGUACUCUGUGCAACGAGAGAUGCUCUGUGAAAACGCCAUCGUUUAGAGUGGCACUUGUUUCAGUAGCACAGCUAUUAUUUUCUACAAGUCAUUUAUACUGGUUCGAUCCACUGCAGAUGUUACGUGGGGACUAAAGAGACAUUACAGUCUUGCAUGAUCUCAUUACAGUUAGUUUCUUUCAAUAUAUCAAAACUUGUGUCCAUUUUUAAUUGAUUUAUUUUACUGAAAUAAAACAUCUAAUUACUA